UCACAUAUUUGCUGAGCAGUGCUAGGUUGAAACCAAUCCCUUUUGUUGCGUUAGGAGGGCACAAUUUGGAGUUAUGCUUCUCUCAGCACUUUUAACUUCAGUUGGAAUCAAUCUUGGGCUCUGUUUUCUGUUUUUCACUUUGUAUUCAAUUUUGAGAAAACAGCCUGCCAAUGUCACUGUAUACGGUCCCCGGCUUGUUAAAGACGGGAACUCUCAGCAGUCAAAUGCGUUCAACCUCGAGAGGCUUUUGCCUACAGCAGGUUGGGUCAAAAGAGCACUGGAACCUACCAAUGAUGAAAUCCUUUCCAAUCUUGGCUUAGAUGCUUUGGUCUUCGUUCGUGUUUUUGUCUUCAGUAUAAGAGUGUUUAGCUUUGCUUCUGUGGUUGGAAUCUUCAUACUUCUUCCGGUUAAUUAUAUGGGCACCGAGUUUGAAGAGUUUUUUGACCUGCCAAAGAAGUCUAUGGAUAACUUCAGCAUUUCUAAUGUCAACGAUGGAUCAAAUAAGCUGUGGAUCCACUUUUGCGCAAUAUACAUCUUCACUGCAGUUGUUUGCUCUCUACUUUACCAUGAGCACCAGUACAUCUCAUCAAAGCGGAUAGCUCAUCUUUAUUCAUCCAAGCCUCAGCCACAUGAAUUUACGGUUCUGGUCAGUGGCGUCCCUCUUGUGUCCGGGAACAGUAUAAGUGAGACAGUGGAAAACUUUUUCAGGGAAUAUCAUUCUUCCACGUAUCUUUCUCAUAUAGUUGUUCAUCGGACAGACAAGUUAAAAGUUCUCAUGAAUGAUGCUGAGAAGCUGUACAAGAAGCUUACUCGAGUAAAAUCCGGAAGCAUAUCUCGUAGGCGUGAUGGGUUUCUAGGGAUGUUUGGGAAGAAUGUUGAUGUGGUUGACCAUUACCAAAAGAAGCUUGACAAGUUAGAAGACGACAUGAGAUUGAAACAGUCUUUAUUAGCAGGAGAGGAAGUUCCAGCUGCUUUCGUUUCCUUUAGGACAAGACAUGGUGCUGCAAUAGCAACAAACAUUCAGCAAGGUCUAGAUCCAACACAAUGGCUGACUGAGAGAGCCCCGGAGCCUAGUGAUGUUCAUUGGCCAUUUUUCACUGCAUCGUUUGUGAGAAGAUGGAUCUCCAAUGUGGUGGUGCUCGUGGCUUUCGUAACUCUGUUAAUCCUAUACAUUGUCCCUGUUGUAGUGGUUCANAACUGA